CACAAGAGUACAUGCAGACGCUCGCUUAGUGUGUGUCUUUGGUUGUGAGCGAGUCAUUUGCCGUUACUACAGCUCUCUGGUAGCACGUAGCUGGUGUCUAUGAUUAAGGGAGCAGUCAGCAUGGAGGAUACCACAGCCAUAGUCACAGCCACCACAGACCAUUGUGCACCAGUCACCAAAGCAGCAUUGCAGCAGGCCCCAGGUUAUGAGGAGGAAGCCGGGGGCUGGGACAUAGGAACAGGAAGUGCAGGUUGGAACCCACAGAGUGCUGCUGCUGCAAUGGAACUUCCCGUUCUCACGCAGCCUGGCUUGGGGGUAACCAAGACGACAGUGACCACGAUCACUCAGACUGGAGGGGACUGGAACAGCAGCCUGUUCAACGUGUGUGGAGACAAGACUACAUGUCUCUUAGGGGCCUUUGUGCCCUGCUGCCUGGACCUGAGUCUGGCCCACCACUAUGGGGAGUGUCUGUGUUUGCCCCUGCUUCCUGGCUCCACGUUUGCCAUGCGGGUGGGCAUCAGGGAGAGAUACAAGAUACGGGGCAGUGUCUGUGAGGACUGGACCACGGUGUACUGCUGCUACCCCCUGGCCGUCUGUCAGAUGAUCCGAGAGAUGAAGAGGAGGAUGAAGAGCCAGACCUACCAGGUGUCCACUGCACUGGAGUGCUCCUGACAACAUGGCUGUGGACUAGGUUCAUUAAUCCAGGUGUCUGAGGGUCAUCAUACCACAGGUGCCCAUUUGGUUUCUUAUGAGCUCUCAUUAUCCAAGGUUUCUGAAGACUUUCCUGUUAAAGACGAGUCUGUAUAUGUGAAAUGAAUGGUGAGUUGGUUGAGUCAAGAUUCAUUUGGUUAGUGAUACUUUUCUUUAUUUGCGAGUGGUGACUUGCAGUAGGUUUAGUGUUUUAGCCCAUUUAGUAUCUGUAACAUCAGAGCUACUUUACCAGACAAGGGUUAUAGACGUUUGUAAAUUAAGUUAACAGCCAAGUUUAUGAAGCAAUCCAUGUACGCCAUGAAAUAAUAAUAAACCUAUUUGCAUAUUU